AAAUCCCCAAGUUUAACCUCAUUUUGUCCAAUCACUUCAAUUUUGAAGUGACAGCUGUCAAGGUUCAGAAGUGUACUUAUCAGUCAGAAAUGAAGUGUCUAACUGCUACCUAUCGGUUACUGAGCAACGAAUGAUCAUCAGAAAAUCAUCAUCAUCAAAAUAACAGAAAACUAGUCGUUCUAGAAUUUCCGUGGUACACUUUCGGCUCAGCAUCGAGUGCAUCUGUACUUCAUCAAGUUUUGUUUCAACACGAAUACACGAUAAAGGAUGACAAUGGGAGAUGAAACACCAGUUACAUCACUUGUCCUCCCUGUUAUAUUACGCCCAAUACUCUCGAAGUUGGAGAGCCAAAAUGUUGUCGCUGCCCAGACACUCAAGUCAGCCCUGUCCAAGGCGGAGAACAGUCACCCAGGGAUCACUUACGAUUUGAUCCUCGGAAUUGUCAGAAGAGCUGACCUGAGUCUCGACAUGAAUGCCAGUGUACUACGCCUCCAAGGAGUCGCAUCAGAUUGCGAUGCUAUUGAGUACCGCUCAGGUAGAUCAGAAGAUGCAUUUCAGGAAUUGAACCGUAAAUCAACCGCACUGAAGCGAAUAUUGAGCAGAAUUCCAGAUGAAAUAACAGAUCGUAAAACAUUCUUAGAAACUAUCAAAGAGAUCGCGAGUGCUAUUAAGAAACUAUUAGAUGCUGUGAACGAGGUGACUGCAUUUAUACCAGGAAUCGCUGGGAAACAGGCGCUGGAUCAGAGGAAAAGGGAAUUUGUUAAAUACAGCAAACGGUUCAGCAAUACAUUGAAGGAGUAUUUUAAAGAAGGACAAGCAAAAGCUGUGUUCAUCAGUGCUCUCUUCCUGAUCCGACAAACCAACAUGAUCAUGAUCACCGUAAAGAACAAAUGCGAGUAAAAUAUUUUUUUUUAUCGUCAACAGUUCAGUAAGUAUUAAAAUAAGAUCAGUCAAUUAAACUUCAGGUUGAAGUUUUUAUGAAUAUUCCUGAAUAUCAGUCAGAUAGUGAAAUUACCAUGACAAUUUCCAGAAUUCUGAUUCCGAUUGAUCAUUAUUGUUUACUCCCACUAAAAUUUCUUUUCUCGUCCAAAUUCAGCUUCAGUUAUCGAGUUUCUACGGUUUCCCUUGUCAAUUUGUUGAUUCUCUAAUGAAAAUAGAGGAAAAUUUUUUUUUUCUGAGGAAAAAGAAAUUUUCGUUGGACUCAAAAUUGAGACGAUUGUCCUCUGUCUACCCCUCGCUAUCAAGAUUCAUCACAUAUUGUUUUCAAAUUUUACUGCAAAAGCUUUAAUAUGUGGACGUUUCCGGAAAAGGUCUUCGUGCUGUGUACCCAGGAUUUUUCUCCUGCAAAAUUAGUCAUCUUUACUUGUUUAUAAAUUAAAUUUUCGAGGAAAAUGGUGUGACAAAAAUUUAUUUCCGCUCAGAAAGAAAUUAUCAUUUUUUAUUUCAUUAGAAAAUCAACAAAUUGACAAUCAAAACCAUAAAAACUCGAUAUUUAGCGCUAAGUCCAUUCCAGAAAAGAAGUUUUCGUUGAACUUUAUCCAGAAAUUUUAAAGCUCUUCACUGGAGAAAAAUGACGUUUAGCGAGAAAAAAUUCAAAAAAUCAUGUUUUGUUAAGAACUUCUUGUUUAAAAAAAUGUAUUUUUCCAGACUAGCCAUCAUUAAACUGUCCAAAUCAAUCCCUAAUUAUUAUGACCACGUUAAAAUGCCUAAUUAUGCUGCAUACGACAUUAAAUAAUCUUCCAACGUUUCAUAACUGGAGAUCUUGAUACGUGAAGUGCUUUGCAAUGACCUUCGAUGAUAAUGAUGGUUAAUGGAGUCUAUUUAAAGUCCUAUGUAGCAUAAUCAUUUGAUAUGUCAACAUAAUAACAUUCGGGGUGCGAUAACUUGGUCACGACUGGUCUGCGAAAAAUAUUACCCUAAAAACCUAAAAUUUCUUCUGAUUGUUAUCAAUUUUUCCCUAUCUCUAUAAUUCUGGAGUAUUCGACAAACGUCAAAGAUUGAGAUAAAUUAAUUUGCAUUGUGCCACACUCUACUGCUGAAUCAACAAACUUCCUGUCCUCAGGAACAACAAAUGAUGGACAAUUUACCGAUGAUAACUCAUCGAUCAUUCUGACUCUCUGUAGUCAAAAUCUUGUGGAGAAUUUUUUCAUCUUCUAUUAAUAUUAACUGUUCAGGGUAUAUCAAAUGAAUUAUUGAUUUGUACUUUCUAUUAUUAUGUCGUCAUGUUAUUACUCAUUGUACUCUUUGUUUAAAAAAUAUAUAUAAUAUAUCUAUACGAUAAUAAAAUGAAAUAACGUUGAAUAAAAUUGUAAGAAA